GGGUUUUGCCUCAAUGCCACGACCGAUCAGGAUCGUUCGCUGGGUCCUUUUCAAACUGAAGCUUCUCCAAAUCUUUUCUUGGGCUUUUUUCCUGCUUCCCUACAACUCUUUGAAUUUGGAAUUCAUUUUAUCUGCUGAAAAUUCUCCAAUAAAUACCCCGCAGUCCUGUACAUUCUGCGAUGUUUCGAAGGAGGCUGGAUUUGAUGUCGUGUGGGAGGACGCCACGUUCAUUGCCUUCAAGGAUCACAAACCAGCAGCUCAGCAUCAUUUCCAAGUCUCUCCGAAGAAGCAUAUAGACAGCGUCAAGUCGUUGCGCAAAUCAGACAUUGCUCUUGUGAAAUCGAUGGAGACCAUAGGCCACGAAUUAUUGGACCGUGUUAAUGUUCCCUCUUCAAUGAGAAGGAUGGGUUUCCAUAUACCCCCGUUUAAUUCCGUGAACCAUCUACACUUGCACGUUCAGGGCCUGCCAUACAAUUCAACUGGGCGUGCUGCGAAAUAUCCAGUCGUAAGCGGUUAUGGCGAGUAUCACAAAGGCGCGAGCUGGUUUGUGGAGGUUAACCAGGUUCUCCGGAUCCUUGAGCGAGACAGGCGUGUUGGUGUAUUUCCCUGCUGACAAUACUAGACUGGCCGCUUGUUUUUGUCUGCAGGACAGCAAUGCCACGAACCCCUAGAACUCAAGCCGCCACCUUUUGACUUCGUUUCGCUGUAUCCUUGAUUUCAAUCAAUCUCGGAAGGGCGCCAACUAUACCACCUUGGAAUACACAAGAAAAAUAGGAAAUUCGAUAGUAGUACAUCUGAUCUUCUGUUGUAAUACACUAAAACCAAUCUAGAGCAAGUAUAACGGU